AUGAAGGAAAAAACGAAUAAACCGCUUAUCCUUUCCACGAAGGUUUUUACCUUCUUCCUCCUAGUUUGCACCUGGAAAUAUCCCCUUGAGUCAUCAUCCACCUUUGGCAAGUCCCCCGAAACGAGAUGCCACCCAAGGAACGAACCAGCCAUGCAAGUGGGCAGAGUACUAAUUGGAGAUACCCUGGUACACUCCUCCGCCCCGAGAUACCCCACGUUAAAAGAAAAAUUAAUUGACAUACUUGAUGAGCAUGAUGAUGAGGUGUUCAGCAAACGAUUGAACGCCUUAAUACACGAUGAAAAAUUUAAAAAGCAAUUUGAGUUACUAUUCCAUGGCGGCCAAUUAAGGAAAGAUAUAUCCAGCUUAGCCAUUAACAACGAAAUAUUAAAAGCGGCAGGUAUGCCCAAUGUAUCGAAUUUUAUGAAUAAUGCCAGCUCGGACUGGGCAGAUGCCAUAAAGAAAGUUUCCUCCUCAGGCAGGGAAACACCCGCACGACAGUUCAACCAACAUCCGUUUAGGGUAGAAACCGCACAACAGUUCGCCCACACGAGUAGGGCAGAACCUGCACGACAGUUCAACCACCCCAAUUGGGUAGAACACGCACGACAGUUCAACCAACAUCCGUUUAGGGUAGAAACCGCACUACAAAUUGCCCACUCCAGUAGGGAAGAGCCCGCACGACAGUUCGCCCACCCCAAUAGAGUAGAACCCGCACGACAGUUCGCCCACCCCAAUAGAGUAGAACCUAUACGAAAUUUUCCCUCCCCAAAAUGGGAAGAAGCUGCAAGACAUAUUCCCGCCCUAAAUUGGGAAGAGGCCGCUCGUAAUCUGCCCUCCCAAUAUAGGGAAGAAGCUGCACGACAAUUUGCUCACUCGAAUAGGGAAGAACCUGCAAGACAAUUUGCCCACCCGAAAAGGGAAGAACCCGAACGAAAGUUACCCGCCAUCAAUUGGGAAGAAGCUGCAAGACAUUUUCAAUUCCAAGAUAAGGAAGAAGCCGCACAAAAAUUUCCCUCCCAAGAAAGAGAAGAACCUGCAAGACAGUUUCCCCCCCAAGAAAGAGAAGAACCUGUAAGACAUUUCCCCUCCCAAGAAAGAGAAGAACCUGCAAGACAUUUUCCCCCCCAAGAAAGAGAAGAACCUGUAAGACAUUUCCCCUCCCAAGAAAGAGAAGAACCUGCACGACAAUUCUCCCACUCGAAUAGGGAAGGAUCCGAACGAAAGUUUCCCGCCGUCAAUUGGGAAGAAGCUGCAAGACACUUUCACUUCCAAGAUAAGGAAGAAGCCGCACAAAAAUUUCCCUCCCAAGAUAAAGAUGAGUCCGUAGAAAAUUUCCCCCCCCAAGAAAGAGAAGAACCAGCAAGAAAUUAUCCCUCCCACGAUAGAGAAGAACCAGCAAGAAAUUAUCCCUCCCAAGAUAGUGAAGAACCCGCACGAAAUCCUCCCCCCAGAAAUUGGGAAGAACUCUCACAAAAGUUCCCCACCCCAAAUUGGGAAGAACUCUCACAGAAGUUUCGCUUCCAAGAAAGGGAAGAACUAUCACAAAAGUUUCGCUCUCAAGAUAGGGAUGAGCCCGCACGAAGGUUUCCCCCCCAAGAUAGAGAAGAACCCGCACGAAGAUUUCCCCCCCAAGAUAGGGAAGAAUCCGCACGAAGAUUUUCCUACCAAGAUAGGGAAGAACCCGCAAGAAAAUUUUCCUACCAAGAUAGGGAAGAAUCCGCACGAAGAUUUUCCUACCAAGGAAGGGAAGAACCCGCACGAAAGUUCACCAGCCUAGACGAGUCCCAAGACAUAUCCACGCUAGACAAUUCCCAAGAUUUAAGCGGACUAGACAAUUCCCAAGAUUUAAGCGGAUUAGACGAAUCCCAAGACAUAACCGUGCAAGAGAAGUCCCAAGAUUUAACCGCGCUAGACAACUCCCAAGACUUAACCGGACUAGACGAAUCUCAAGACAUAACUGGUAAAGACAAGUACCAAGAUACGACCGAAGUAGACGAGUCCCAAGAUAUACCCGAAUUAGACAAAUUCGAGAGAAUGAGCAAACGCUACAACUUCGAAAGAGAAAGAGAAAGAAAAAUGGAAAAAUCACACGAUCUACCCUACUUGAACCAACCAACCAAACCAUCAGAACAGUCUAGAUCACACAGAAGGGAUGUUUCCCACAAAAAGGAUGAGUCCCACGAAAAGGAUGAGUCCCGCAAAAAGGAUAGAUCCCACAAAAGGGAUAGAUCCCACAAAAAGGAUAGAUCCCACAAAAGGGAUAGAUCCCACAAAAAGGAUAAGUCCCACAAAAGGGAUAGAUCCCACAAAAAGGAUAAGUCCCACAAAAGGGAUAGAUCCCACAAAAAGGAUAAGUACUACGUGGAAAUACCAGAAAUUCGAAAAGUCCCAAAAAAAGCAGAGGAAUCCAAAUUUGAUGAUAAAUUUAAAAAAAACUCAAGUAAAUACAAAUUGGAAAUGAAAAUGACGAAAGAUGCUAAUAAAAAUAAUUAUGGCGAUAAGUACCCCAAGAAUUAUGACUCCAUGUAUGACCUAGACGCCAUGGAAAUGGAAGCUGCCUACAGAAAAAAGGAAUCCGCUCGAAAGGGAUACUUUGAUGAUAAGAAUAACUAUAAAGGUAAUGGCUACUACAUGGGUGAUGCCUAUGGAAUGCAAGAUGCAGAUAAUUUAAGGGAAAACCACGACAAAGUUGUGUACCUAGAUGAAGACGGAAAUUGCAUAAGUGCAGAAGAGUACAUGCUAAAUGAAUAUAAAUUCCAAAGAAAAAAUAAACAGCAAGGACAAGCUCCUUAUUAUGGAAAGGACGGCAGUUUCAACCUUAGAGACGAAUACGUUUUAAAACAAGAAAAGGUUAGAAUUCCUCAUGAGGAUGAAAAAGAAUAUGGCAUGCCCACAGACGGAUACCCAUUUAAAAAUGAAUUCACCGAUACGGAAAACUACGAUUCUGAUGAUGAAGAAUUCUACCAAGUAAUGAACGAAAAAGAUGAAAGCGAAAAAUCAAAAGCCAAAGGAAAGGGAAAGGGAAAAGAAAAAGAAAAGGAAAAGGCAAAAGGGAAGCUACCCAUGCUGGAAAAACAUUCCAAAAAGGAUUACAAAGAUUAUAAGAAUUCUAAAAAUGAGAAAAAGGGAAAUAGUAAAAACCAAAAAAUACCAAAAGGCAAAUCUUUAAUGCGCACCUUUUUUAACAAAAUAGACGCCAAGCUCGAGUCAGAAAUGGGACGCUACCUGAGCAUGAAGUCGAAAGAAAAACAAAAUUACGCAGAUGGAAAAGCAAAUGGAGCAAAAAAUUUUUUUAACUCUAUCAGCAAGUAUAGAGCGUUCGUUCCGCUUGGUGUGUUUGGAAUACUCUCCCUGGUAUUUUUAGGAUACCUUGUACAAGCGGGAUUAAUUUCCACAGGGCUUCCAAUAACCAUUGUUGCCCUCGUUAUAGUUUAUGGUUCAUAUGGCCUUCUAGGAUUAUACUACGCACGCAAAUUAGCCAAAGUAGCACGCGCAAGAAAAAAGAUCGAUAAAGCCGUUGCGAAGAAUAAAACGAACAAAAUUAAGACCCAUUAA